AUGGGCAAGAAGGCUGUUCACUUUGGCGCCGGCAACAUUGGCCGCGGCUUUGUCGCCUGCUUCCUCCACAACUCGGGUUACGAAGUCAUCGAGGUUGGUGUCGAGGGCACCACGGAGCAAACAAUCACAAAUUACCGCGCCAUCAACUCCAAGACGCACGAGGAGGAUUUGAUUGAGGAGCUCCGGACUGCCGACAUUGCCACCUGUUCCGUCGGCCCCAACAUCCUCAAGUUCAUUGCUCCAGUUCUCGCGAAAGCCAUCGACCGCCGCUCUGAAGACGCCAACCCUCUGCACGUCAUUGCGUGCGAGAAUGCCAUCGGUGCCACCGACACCCUCGCCCAGCACAUCAAGGAUCCCACGAACACGGAUCCCGCUCGCCUCGAGACUCAUCACCUUCGCGCCCGGUAUGCCAACUCGGCCAUUGACAGAAUUGUCCCCGCCCAGGACCCCAACGCCGGCCUUGAUGUUAAGCUGGAAAAGUUCUUCGAGUGGGUGGUUGACAGGACGCCCUUUGAGGAUGUUGGCAUUCCCCCCAUCGGGGGCGUCAACUGGGUCGGCAACCUGCAACCCUUCAUUGAGCGUAAGCUCUUUACCGUCAACACGGGCCACGCUACGGCCGCCUACCACGGCUACAACCGCAGAAAGCGCACCGUCUACGAUGCCCUCCAGGAUAAGGACAUCAUGGCCGAGGUCCGGGGCGCGUUGAAUGAGACCAAGACCCUGAUUGUCGCCAAGCACGGCAUCGACGAGCAGCAGCAGACGGCGUACGUGGAAAAGAUUAUCAAGCGCAUCGCCAACCCUCACCUCGAAGACGCCGUCGAGCGUGUCGGCCGCGCCCCCCUGCGCAAGCUCUCGCGCAAGGAGCGCUUCAUCGGCCCCGCUGCGGAGCUUGCCGAGAAGGGCCAGUCCAUCAAGUACCUGCUCGAUGCCGUUGAGAUGUGCUUCCGUUUCCAGAACGUGGAGGAGGAUGAAGAGUCCAAGGAACUGGCUAAGAUCAUGUCGGAGAGCAAACCGGAGGACAUUGUUGCCAAAGUCUGCGGGGUCCAAACGUCUGAGAAGAUUUACCCGCAGCUUGUCGAGGUGGUGAAGCGUGUCAAGAGUGACAGCGCCGAGAAUUGA